AUGGACGUCGGAAGCGAGUUCUUCGCCGACGUCAGCGCGUGGGCGCUCGAAAGGGGCGUGGACCUUCAACCCGGCGACCCCGACCAACCUUGGCGCAACGGCGUCGUCGAAGGAAGGUGGAGAGACGUCCAAGCGCUUUCUGUGAAGGCGCAGCUGGACGUGACAGGCGCCCAGGCGUACAACCUGUGGCUGCCCACGGUCCUGUAUGCUGUACACAUGACAAACAUACAGCCGACGUCCGCUCCCGUUAUGUACGCGCGACCGCACUCGUCGCCGUACGAACGACUCACCGGAGAAGCACCGCAGAGCUCCUGGUUCUUCAAGUUUGGCGAGCCGUGUUGGUUCAAGGACCCGUCGCGAACGUCGAAAUCCACGCCCAAAGGAGUGGCGGGUUAUAUCGUGGGUUACGAGCUUAUGGGAGACCGUCACCAUCGGCGCGGGUUCAACGUACUCCCAGGCGACUGGGAAAGUACGCGUCCGACGCACCGACGGUUGAUUAUCCGAGCGAACGUCUCGAGGGAUACGUUGGCAACGGUGCCGCUGCACGCAGGAUCCGAGUACAUGCAACCUGGAGGAGCUGGCAAUCCGGAGGGCGUUACCUUUAGUAACGCGCCUGAUCACCCGCCCCCUCCACAACCCCUCCCGCGCAACAGACGCCAAGCACGCGUGCCACCGGUGUCAUGCGAGGCUCCAGAGCAGCAGCAAGUACCUGUUGUUGAGUUCCCCGCUGGCGCUGGCGCACCCGUAGUCACGAAUGAGCGCGCAGGAGACGAUCAAGACGCACCACUGCGUGAACAAGAAGCGACGCACCGCGCGCAACAGCACAUCAGCGAGGCACAAACCGCUCAGGAGGCGGACGCACACGGUCGCAACGACCCCUCCGACGUUGUCGAGACGUCCGAGCUCGACGCACCCGACGCACCCAGCAUUGGGGAGGCGGAGACUGAGGCCGAAGAAUUCCAAGCAAGGGGCGUCGAGAGCGAGCUCGCGGACGGGGAAUUCGUGGAUGCGCAAGACGACUCUUUCCUCUUACAAGGGCUUCCAGAACAGGAUGUUGAAGACCCCAGCGCUUUUGGAGACGCAGAUCCCAGAGAUCUGCCGGCCUUGGCGCAGGAAGAAGAAGGACCUGAACCACCGCGUCGAUCAUCACGAACGACGGCAGGAGUCCCGCCUUCAUAUUACGGACACCACGCGCUCCCGAGCAGCCCAGAGGCCGGAUAUGAAGCACUGGAUGCCUCCAAACAGAGCAGUGCUCAGAGAGAGCUACUAGCGGCAAUCAGCGCAGCGACCACCGAGACACCAAGUGGGACGAUGCUCUUAGACGCGCGAGCGUUCAGCACCGGGCGGAGUUCGAAGGUCAAAGAUUGGGUUAAGAGUUUGGGCAUCAGUGGAGAAAAGAUAAAUGUACUAGACUGCUGCUCGGGGGAAGGCGGCGGUAGUAUAAUGCGGACAUUAAAAAGAUCGGGAGUCUCACACUUGUUCAACGUAUGCACAGUGGACUCAGAACCGGAAUGCGCCCCAGAUGUGCUGAUGAAAGUGGAAGAUCUUGCCGAAGCCAUAAAAGGCGGAUCCGCUCCAUCAGUCAUAAGAGACACGCACUGGCACAUAGUGUGGACCUCUCCACCAUGCACACGGUAUUCAGCAGCAAACAGUCAACGGGACGCAGAGAAAACAGAGGACGAUUUGAGAGUCGCAGACGCAACUGUAGAAGCCUGUUUCGCUAUCAUUGACAUGCUGAAGCCCAUAUGCUGGUUUCUGGAGAACCCCGAUACAGGAGCAAACCGCCUAAGAGACAGACCGUUCAUGGAGAAGUACAGGCACCUCAUGAAGUCUGUGACGUACUGCCGAUACGGGCGACCGGACAGAAAAGCAACAAUGAUCGUUU